GACCAGUCUUACAAGGUACAAUUGACGUGUCUUUCAUUACCUUGGGGCUGAAAGACUAUUUCCACCUGCCGAAGUUCUACCGAAUAUCACAAUUUCCAGACAUUCAACUACCUAACUCAAAGGGAACCCGAACACACGAAAUAUUUCCUUACGCGACCAUAUUACGCACGCACGACUCCAUGAACCUAAUAAGAUUACCCUUGUACUGUAGUCGCAGUAUUUGAAUACUGUCGACUUUGGAUAAGCAAUGAUGUAGCUCUUGGAAUCACAUCACCACCCGCAAAGAUUCCGCGAAAUCGAAGCGAUUCGGCGUUCUAAUGCCAACAUAACACGCUAUCCCGCGUCCAUACAGACCUUUUACAUAUCUCCAAAGGGUCGAAGUGACAUCUCUGAGUGUGCAAGUUUCCCACUGGGUAGUUGAAUCGGCACAAACUAAACGCAAGACACAAUCUGCCUUGUUCGCGGCCAUUUGUAUCCGUCGUCUUAAGCGCCAGCAAUAUGCGAAAUCAUGUUCGGAUCCUUUGAAGAGAAGAAUGGAAAGUUCUAACACAGACCAUCAGCGGUUCCCUGAGCCCCCUACUAAUCUUGUUUCGUGGUAGCCACAUUACCACGCUGCCAUGUGUUAUCUGGAACUUGCCUGUAACAUUUCUGUAUGCUGAAUAGCACAGGAUCCAUUCCUACUUCGCAUGCAAGGCCAAAGGUCCAAGAUACCAAGACAUUAUUAUGCUUUCGAGUUUGAGCUUGAGCUUAAGCUUAAAAUUGGUGCUGUAAGUAUCUUCACACGAUUAUCACUUAAGUGGGUCUGUUCAGUUUCUGGGGUUCGUUCGCGUUGAUUACCAUGUUCUAGGAGUUUAAUAUCCAAGAUUAAUUAUGGAGGCUCAAGCAAAGAUGGGUAUCCGCAGGAUUUUGAUACAGGUCUACCUGGUCUUGUACUGUCGACCAGGUUGAAUCUUUUUGAAGGGAGACAACUACUUUCGUAACAUUUAUUAACCAACUCGCCUGUAGUGGAGAUUACUUUCUUACGUUUCUAUAGUUCUGGCCUCUCUUAAUUAUAUUGCUUGAUUUAAAGUUUGUGGCUAUUCCAACAACACUUCUUCAAACAUGUUAAGCUACGAAACGACACUACUUGAAAUUGAAUUGCCUCGAAGUUCCUACUGGCCCCAAUCAUCAGAUUCUAUUGCCCAUUUUCAACCAAGAUCAUAUACACCAAAGAUGUCACUAAGCCCUCCUGGAAGUCCAAGUAGUGUAGAGUCUAGUGGUAUUAGACGAUAUCGCAGGACUACGGCUUGUACAACAUGCCGUGAUAGAAGAGUAAAAUGUAGCCGCGACAGGCCAUUCUGCACCCAAUGUAAAAAGGGGGGACGACCAUGUAAAUACCUAAACAGCGAAAUACCCGAAUUUGAGUUUAUUGAAGUAAAUUUAUCAAGGAGUCCGGGUAGGAAGUCGCCAUCGCCAGUUAUGUCAAAUCCAAUCACCGAAAGGAAAUCCGGUAUCAAGUCAAAAGCAACCAGUCGGGCGUUGGGUAAAGCGUCUCAAAUACCGUCGUCUCCUUUCACCGCAAAGACCCUGGCGAAUGAUAUGGAUACUCAGUCCCAUCAGCCCAUCAAAAGUUUAGCGAUUACCCUAGGUGCACUUGGCGAAGAUUUCAUCUCCUAUUUUCGGACGAAAGUUCCAGCACGAGAAGUGUGUGACCAUUUCUUGAAUAACUUUAUAGGACUACAAUUUUCAGUGCCCAUAUGCCAUAUUGAUACUCUUAUAGAUGAGUACAUUAGCUUCUGGGCCAAUCUGUCUCCUGAGACCUCGGUUGAAUCUACCCUACUCAUCUUAGCUAUUUUGUAUUGUGGGGCCGUCAAUUCUACCAUCAACAUUUCACAAUCAACAACAUUACACGAUCUAUACGAACAGCUAUUAGAUAUAGUUAAUCUUCCAACAUAUAAUUGCGUACACAGAGGAUCAUCUUCCAUCCAGCUUCUGCAGGCUUACCUUCUUGUAAACACAUUCCAAGCUAGCACAUCAUCCUCACAGUUCCGGUAUGGAUUUUUACCCCACGCAAUCAGACUCGCUCAAUCUUUACAGCUCAAUUUCGACAAACCAUAUCAAAGUAAUAAUAUGCAAGCUGAAGUUGAGAAGAGAAUCUGGUGGCAUUUGCUGUUUUUGGAUCUUCAGUCGACGAUCAUGACCGGCGCACCUUCACUCAUAACUAGACAUGGAUGCACAAACAAUGUUUCGUUGCCCAUGGUGCUAAAUCAUGCCUCUAGCCAAGAUUCAACUUCACCAAUGAUGGCCGCCUUUUACGGUCAAUGCCAGUGGGUGCGCUGCAUGCGCGACUGGCUCAUAAAGAUGCCAAAGCAGGAAGAUGUGGUUUGUCUUGUUGAAAGCAUUGAGAAUCUUCUAAAUUUAUUACCGGAAGUGAAAGCAGAGAACUUGGGACCGCGGGCGUACCUGAGAUUAUUGACUGAUAGUGUAUAUUGCCUUCUCGGAUUGAACUUCUGCCAGGAAAAGCAAUUGCGGGAUAUUGGGUGGUACAGUGAUAUUGUCCGGGCUGCAAGUUCAUUCCUGCAAAACUACCUUUAUCUAUGCGACAUGAAAUCUGCAGCACCAUUGAAGUCGGCUCUCCCUGGUCUCAUACAGCCACACCACGCUGUUUUUAUCCUCCUCAGGCACCUUAGUUUGUGCACUUCCUUGGACGCCAAAGCUCAAUCGCUGAAAAUUCUGGUAGACAGAUUCUUCGAUGCCGACAUAUCUAGCCCCAGAGUUGGCGCCAGUCGUGCCGUUUCUAGAUCGCCAGAGUUCACUCACUACAGCCCUAAUUCUCGGAUGUCUCGCAAGUCAUAUGGAAACCCUCGCCAAGAUCUUCUCAUACUACUCUAUAGGAAAAUCCAUGCCAAACUAGACUGGGAUACACCAAAAUUCACGGCCAUGCCUCGCUCGACUUCUCAAAAUAUGGGGGUCUUGCCACAACUUGAAGGCUUGGUCCCGCGAGAAACGAAGAGCAACAUAGUCUCCAUUGAGAAUUCGGCAAGCGGGUAUGAAGGAACUAAAUGGAUGGAAUUGGGAAUGGAGAUGAGCACGGAGGAUUGCAUGAUGGAUAGGGAGUUGGAUGAUGUACUUAGAGGUGGACGAGAUGUAUGGAACAAAUGGGAAAGACUGAUAGGUGCGGUUUUCAAGUGCUGAAAACCGGACUUUGAGAUAAUUGGACACGGAAAGAGGCCUUUUGUCACUGGCUUGUGACUUAUGGAAUAUCUUAGUCUAAUAGCAGAAACAGAAUCUUCACAAUUUGGUCACAGAUCUUUAGUAUUCUCAGAUGCA